ACUCGUUCUCGUCUUACCCGUUAGGGCUUUGACGUCCGACGAGCAAGAUCGUGGUCACGACGAUGGAGGACUCCGAGCGUUUCCCCGGUCCGGUGGGUACUCCCACACCAUCCGGGGCGGGGACUAUCAAGAGGAUCCGAUUGGAGAACUUCAUGUGCCACAGUAAUCUACAGAUUGAGCUCGGCCCGCGGGUCAAUUUCAUCACCGGCCAGAAUGGGAGUGGUAAAAGUGCAAUACUUACUGCAAUUUGCGUAGCCUUUGGAAGCAGAGCUAAGGGGACGCAGAGGGCGGCCACGCUGAAGGAUUUCAUAAAAAAUGGUUGCAGUCAUGCUGCUGUUGAAGUGGAAAUAAAAAAUGAAGGACAUGAUGCAUUUAAGCAUGAUAUUUAUGGCGAUGCUAUAAUUUUAGAGCGUCGAAUCAAUCAGUCCGGUGGCUCCAUGACUCUAAAGGAUCACCGAGGAAGAAAAGUUGCAGGUCGGAAAAAUGAUAUUCAGGAGCUCAUUGAUCAUUUUAAUAUUGAUGUGGAGAAUCCUUGUGUAGUGAUGAGUCAAGACAAAAGUAGGGAGUUCCUGCAUUCUGGGAACAAGAAAGACAAAUUCAAGUUUUUCUUCAAGGCUACUCUUCUUCAGCAAGUUAAUGAUACCUUGCAAAGGAACACGGAAGGACUGAAGUCAGUAAGUGCCGCUGUUGAUGAAGACGAGGCUUCUAUUAAACCAGUAGAGAAAGAACUUAAAGACUUGCAGAGAAAAAUUGGUAACAUGGAGUAUUUGGAAGAAAUAUCUCAGGAGAUAGAGGUUUUGACGAAGAAGCUAGCAUGGGCAUGGGUUUAUGAUGUAGACAAGGAAAAACAGGAGCACAUUGUGAUGAUGGACACACUUAAACAACGUGUUCCUGCUUGCCAAAGAAAGAUAGAUGAACAACUAGCUAAGAUGGAAUCCCUCAAGGAAAAAUCAUCAAAGAAGAAGGGUCAAAUUGAUUGCCUGAUUGUCAAAGCAUUGGAAGUGAAGAGUAAGCAGAAGGAAUUCGAGGAGUCUAUUUCUAUGGCCAGAAAGGAGAAGAUUGAGUUAGAAGAAAAGCAUAAGCGUGCUACUAAUCAGAUUGACGACAAGGAGAAACAAGUAUCAAAACUUAAGCGGCAAAUUGAGGAAAUUAAAGAGCAGCAUCUUAGAAACACACAGGCUGAAAAAUCUGAAACAGAGGAAAAGAUCAGAGAACUUAAACGCACAAUAGAUGCUGCAACCGACUCACUCUCAAGGUUAGAGAAUGAGGAAUUUGGCUCAACAGAUUACAGGGAUAAGAUAGAAGGUGAAACUGAUGAGAUUGCUAAACAGAUUUCAGAUAACGAGAGAAAACAAAAUGUUCAUCGGUCAGCCAUUAUAGAGCUUCAAAAUAACAGAAGAAACAAGGUUAAACAUACCUCCUCAUUUGCUUCCCGGUACAAAUCACCCAACUAUAUGGGAAAUGCAGAAAGGCAAGUCCUUGUCAAGGACUAUGACACCGCCAAGGCAGUUGCUUUUGAUCAAAGAAUGUCAAAUGUGCAUGAGGUUUACACGUCAGAUGGAUAUAGAAUGUUCUGUCGUGAGUCAGUGCAGACAGUGCUUCCCCCAAAUCAGUGGCUUAGUAAGCGUCUAUGUGCUUCAUUUGAUGAUCAAAUCAUUGAUCAUGAGCAACAGGUCCAGGUUCUUGCUAAAGAAGCUGAAGAUCUACGACAGAGGAAGCGGGAUUCUGAGGGAAGUCUACAUAGUCUUGGAGAAACACUGCGGUCAGCGAAGAAGAAACGCUGGGACGCUGAGCGGGAGGUGGCAUCUAUGAAACUCGAGCUGGAGGAUUUGGAGCGAUCAACUGACAGUGCUAGUAUGUCGCUGCCAACAUCAACUUUGGAUGAGCUUCAUGAAGAAAUUUCUAAGAUAGAAGAAGAGAUAAAGCACAAACAGACUACUGUAGAAAAGCUUCAGUUUGAAAUUGGAAAAGCUGAAGCAAAAUUUAAGGCUCUGAAGAUGUCCUUUCAGAAUUCAGCAAAAGAAGAUUUCAAGACCCUGGAUGAUGCUGAGAUUGAGCUGACGAAGAUUGAGACCGAUCUGAAGACUGCUGAGAUGCAAAAAGAGCAUUACGAGAGUGUAAUGGCGACUAAAGUCAUUGUCAAGAUUGAAAAUGCCGAGGCAAAGCAUAGGGAGCUUGAAGAUGAGCGACAGGAAAGAUACAGGAAGGCUUCCAUCAUUUGUCCAGAGAGUCAUCUUGAAAAUUUAGGAGGAGCAUCAGAUGGACUAGAUAGCAGCAGUCCAGAGCAACUCAGUGCCCAUUUAAGUAUACGGAAAGAUAGGCUUCACAAGGAGAGUCAGCAGUUUUCAGAAUCUAUUGAUGAUCUGAGAAUGAUGUACGAGGAAAAAGAAAAUAAAAUUCAAAAGAGAAGACAAUGGUGUAAAACAUUAAGAGAAAAAUUGGAGGUCUGCGUGAAAGCAUUAGAGUUGCGGUGGAAGAAGUUCGAGAGCAAUAAGAACAGCGCAAGGCGUGAUUUAACUUGGAAUUUCAAUGAUCAUCUGGGAAAGAAAGGAGUAAGUGGGAACAUCAAAAUUGACUACGAGGAAAAAAUUCUGGGAGUGGAGGUGAAAAUGCCACAAGAUGCAUCAAAUAGCUCAGUUCGCGACACAAGAGGGCUUUCAGGUGGUGAGCGCUCCUUCUCAACUCUAUGCUUUGCACUAUCACUUCAUCAGAUGAUAGAGUGUCCAUUCCGAGCGAUGGAUGAGUUUGAUGUAUUUAUGGAUGCGGUGAGUCGCAAAAUCAGCUUGGACACACUGGUGGAUUUCGCGCUAAGUCACAAAGCUCAGUGGAUAUUUAUUACUCCUCACGAUAUCAGCAUGGUGAGACAAGACGAGAAUAUAAAGGAAGCAGCAAAUGGCAGCGCCUCGAUCUUAGGCAUUCAACGAUGCAAGUUCACUGGUUCGAUCUUAUUGUUUGAUGAACAGCUUCUGGAAAAUUUCUUUUGAUUUUUGUACAUAGUAUCAAGGGUCAAAAUCUGUGUUGACUCUUCUUCUCAAUUGCAUGCAUGCAUAUCCCACCACCAUGCAUGCCAUUACAAUUAGGGUUUUGGGGGUUUCUUCGGUUGAAAUUAAUUUAUGCCGUUGGG